UACGUCACUUCCGGAGGAGGGAAAUAUGAAACUAGCUGAGAGCUGACAGGGAAGGCAGCAGAUUCAGAACCGGAGUUUACCGUUUUAUUUUUUGUAUUUAUCUUGUUAACUGCCCGUAGUUUUGCACCAGAACCACUAUCAGACAUUCCGCUGUGAGAAAUGUAGGUUUAACCGGGCGCCAACGUGGAGGAAGUAGCUAACAUAGCUAGCUUAGCUAUCGUUAAUUAUUAUUAAUAAUACAGCAGAACCUGCAGAGACUCGACCACAGCUAACGCUAACUGCUGCUGCUAGGCUACCGGUAGCACGCUUAGCUACAGACUGAACGACCUGCUGAAGCGGUUACUGCUCAAAUCAACCUAAAUACACGUGUUUACUGCCAGACCAGCUCAGCUCUGGUAUUAUAAGACUCUCUGUGAGAUGUUCUCUGAGUGUGUGGGAUUACAGCAGUGUGUAGAUGAAGGUAAAGCUCUGUAUCUGUGUGUGAAUGUUAGUUACAGGUUAGCUGAGCUAUGUCUGUAGUAACAGUACAGUUGGGUCAGUGUGGAAAUCAGAUCGGGCCAGAACUCUUUAGCACUGUUUAUGAGGACUCUACUGGAGCUGGUAGAAAAACUUACCAGGAAAGCAGCCGUGAGAGGUUUUUCUGGGAGACUUCAGAUGGAGUGCUGGUGGCUCGGUCUGUCCUGGUUGACAUGGAACCCAAGGUGAUUUCACAAGCCGUAGCAAAGGCAUCAAAAUCUGGAAAGUGGAGAUACGGGGAGAAAGCACACUUCUGCCAAAAGCAGGGUUCUGGAAACAACUGGGCAAAUGGAUAUUGUGUGCAUGGGCCACGCCAUAAAGAAUCUGUGGAGGAUCUGGUCCGGAGAGAGGUGGAGCGCUGUGAUCGUCUAGCAGGGAUCUUUGCUAUGAUGAGCGUUGCAGGGGGUACAGGGUCCGGAGUAGGGACCUUUGUCACACAGUGUUUGCGAGACAUGUAUCCUCAGGCCUUUAUUCUUAAUCACCUGACAUGGCCGUAUGGAACAGGAGAGGUGAUUGUGCAGAACUAUAAUUCAGUUCUUACGCUGUCGCGGCUCUACCAGCUGUCUGACGCCCUUGUGGUUCAUGAGAAUGACACUGUUCAUAAAAUCUGCAGCCGGCUGAUGAAUAUCAAGCACAUCUCCAUUGGGGAUAUUAAUAAGGUGAUUGCUCACCAGCUUGGUAGUGUGCUGCAGCCCGCUUAUACUGGAGAUUCGCCUUCAAAUUACAGCAGAAACCCAAUAGGUGAAUUACUGAGUUCCCUGGUUUGUCACCCUGAAUAUAAGCUGCUAAGCCUUUGCAACAUUCCUCAAAUGUCUCAUACCUCACUGGCCUACAGUGCGUACACGUGGCCUGGACUUCUUAAGCAUUUAAGACAAAUGCUUAUUGCCAAUGCCAGGAUGGAGGAAGGUAUUGAUUGGAAAGUGUGUGUGCCGUCAUCUCGAGGCGACAGUGUUAGAACUGGACAAAUGGGUUUUAACAGAUCACUUGCCAACCUUAUGAUACUGAGGGGGAAAGAUGUUUCCAGUGCUGAUGCAGGUGCUUUUAAAGACCCUGCCCUGUAUGUGCCUUGGCUUCCACCAGAUGGCACUUUCAGCUUGUGGAACUCGCCGGUGCCAUUUAACGGUUAUGAGAAAUCUGCCUCUUUAGUCAGCAACAGCCAGUCCUUGUUGAAACCUCUGGAUAACAUGGUUAGGAAGGCUUGGAACAUGUUUGUAUCUAGGGCAUACAUGCAUCAAUAUACAAAAUUUGGAAUUUCAGAAGAUGAUUUUCUUGACAGUUUUACAACGUUGGAACAGAUCAUCUCCAGCUAUUCUCAUCUUUGAAUUGUUGUCAUGUCAAAAAAUGAACUUAUACAUCCCACUCUUACGGCUUUUAAAUGUGAAACAUAAACGUAUUGAACCAGAAAAUGCAAUAUAUAUAAUUAAAUUAAUAUAUAC